UCGGUGAAUAAGAGAAAAACGGAUGGAGGAAGAACGUUGGUCAAGGAUACUCGUGACAGCUGGAGGUUUUAAGCGAAAUACAGGCGAAAACCUAAAUCAAUACCAAUCUAAAGGCAACUGUUUUAUUCACGCUUAGCCAUCGCGAAGCAGUGCGCUUCGACAGUGACAUUUUAAAACCUAACGUUAGGUUUGAACUUGUAGCCCCGAUUGGGUCCUACCCGCAGCAAUCUUAACUUAUCCAACGGGCUUCUUCCACACAACCAGCCUGGUGAAGGCAGCAACGCCACUCGUCGUUAUUGAGCAGAACAGUAAUAAAAACCAGGAUUGAUUGCUUGCCGCAACGUGGUGGAUCUGUUAUUUUGGUGUCCGAAGUCUGGGGAAGACUACAGUUGAACAAGGAUAUUAUUUUGCUGUGUAUUUUUAAACAUUCGCUGACUGAUAAGUUCAGCUUCCCGAAUGAAGAGCCUUUGGAAAUCUGGAGCGUACUUCUGAUUUAGCAAACAUAAGCUAAAUGAAUAUUGAUUAAUCUUCGGCCUUUUUGGAUUUAACACUCCAAAAGAGAAAAAUUUGUAACAUGGUUUGAGAGAAUAUAAACAGUGUUGCUUCGUUGUAGUUGCCACGAGUUGCUGUUUGGAAAGUUCAGAUGGCAUAGCUGCUCCUUGCUAACGUCAAUUAUUUGAAUCGAUGCCGAAUAUGGUGAUUUAACACUCCAAAAUAUAAAGAUUUGUAACAUCAUGGUUUGAGAAAAUAUAAACAGUGUUGCUUCGUUGUAGUUGCCACGAGUUGCUGUUUGGAAAGUUCAGAUGGCAUAGCUGCUGCUUGCUAACGUCAAUUAUAUGAAUCGAUGUCGAAUUUGGUGAUAAUGCAAAUUCUAUGAAAUAUGCUCCCGGACUGUGCGAUGCCGUAUAUCACUACCUCUGUAUUACUGCAAAUACUUAGCAAUCAACUUUAAAACGAUAACCUUGAGCUCACGGAGCUGCUUCGCUAUCUAAGCCAAGGUUAUUGAUCUUCGGUGUAUCUGCAAAUAUCAUUUUAAGGUAGCUUAAGCAUUUUAGGUAGCUAGCUAGCUAAUGGGUAAAUCUCUAACAUUAGGUGUUCAAUGAUUUUCGGCACCAGCAGUAAGGUGAUAUGCUAAUAUGAAAGCUAACGUUAGCUAACUAAAUUAGCUAACGUUAGCUCCCAACAAACAAGCUUGCGGCAAUAUUUUCUGAAGAGCAACACUAUUAGGUUCGAACUAUAACACGAACAAGUGCUAUCUAUUUCUAGCCACCAAGUAUCCGUGGUGGCUUUUCACCGUAGGACCCCUACGAUGUUUUCCUUGCUGGCUGGCUUAUUCCUUUUCGAACUGAUUUUGUAGCCAGAAAACCGAAUAACGUUAACUAACGAAGUUAGCCAGGCAGAUGCACAACAGUUACCAGCCAAAAGACACGUUUUUAGAAUUCGGUAAGAUAAACACUGGACUCGAGCGGGGCCUUUUCAGCACGGAUCUGGGAUUUUCUAGCGUGAAGUACCUGUCAGUUUUAUGUUGCUAGCUGUUCACGUAGCUAACAAUGACUUAGUUAGAUUUUUCUUCUUGAGGGACAUUUAAGCAAGCCAAAUCAACAAUCGGCUUAAAAGGAUGUAUUUAUUUCACAAAUUCGAGUAACAAUAAGUAAACACGGAACCUAAUUGUGCAACAUACCACUGAACAAAACGAAGCUGCAGGAUUUUCUAGAAAUAAAGGAUUUCUCACUGGAUUGAACAAUGGGGACAGCAACCAAACUAGCCUUUGCCAUGUUCCUAAUUUCAUGUUCCUCAGGCGCCAUCCUGGGCCGCUCGGACACGCAGGAGUGCGUGUACUACAACACCAGCUGGGAGAAGGACCACACCAACCGCAGCGGCGUGGAGCGCUGCCUGGGGGAGAAGGACAAACGCAAGCACUGCUUCGCCACCUGGAAGAACGUCACCGGCUCCAUCGAGGUGGUGAAGCAGGGCUGCUGGCUCGACGACGUCAACUGCUAUGACAGCAGCGAGUGUGUGGAGAAGAAGGAGGGUCCAGACGUCUUCUUCUGCUGCUGUGAGGGCAACAAGUGCAACGAGAAGUUCUUCUACAGCCCGGACCUGCAGCUGGUGCAGACGCCCCCCGAGGCCCCGAGCCCCCCCCUGUUCAGCACCCUGCUGUACUCCCUGGUGCCCAUCAUGGGCCUCACCGCCGUGCUGCUCUUUUCCUUCUGGAUGUACCGCCACCACAAGCUGCCCUACCCGCCUGUGCUGCUGCCCACCCAGGACCCCAGCCCCACUCCGCCCUCCCCCAUCCUGGGACAGAAGCCGCUACAGUUGCUGGAGGUCAAAGCCAGGGGGCGCUUCGGUUGUGUGUGGAAAGCACAGCUGCUCAACGAGUACGUGGCUGUCAAGAUAUUCCCCAUUCAGGACAAGCAGUCAUGGCAGAACGAGUACGAGGUGUACUCUCUGAGCGGGAUGAAGCACGAGAACCUGCUGCAUUUCCUCUGCGCAGAGAAGAGGGGCACCAACAUGGACGUGGAGCUGUGGCUCAUCACCGCCUACCACGAGAAGGGCUCCCUGACCGAUUACCUGAAGGCCAACGUGGUCUCCUGGAACGAGCUGUGCCACAUCUCCCAGACCAUGGCGCGGGGACUGGCCUACCUGCACGAGGACAUUCCCGGCCUGCAGGACGGCCACAAGCCUGCCAUCGCCCACAGGGACAUCAAGAGUAAGAAUAUUCUUCUGAAGAACAACCUGACUGCCUGUAUUGCCGACUUUGGCCUGGCCCUGAAGUUUGAGGCAGGGAAGUCUGCCGGAGACACACAUGGACAGGUUGGCACGCGGCGGUACAUGGCGCCUGAGGUCUUGGAGGGAGCCAUAAACUUCCAGCGCGAUGCCUUCCUGAGGAUAGACAUGUACGCCAUUGGACUGGUGCUCUGGGAGCUGGCUGCUCGCUGCACUGCAGCCGACGGCCCAGUGGAUGAAUACAUGCUGCCGUUUGAGGAGGAGGUGGGGCAGCACCCCUCCCUGGAGGACAUGCAGGAGGUGGUAGUGCACAAGAAACUGCGGCCCCUACUGAGGGAGUGCUGGCAGAAACACCCUGGCCUCUCCAUGCUGUGUGAGACGGUGGAGGAGUGCUGGGAUCAUGAGGCAGAGGCCCGGCUCUCAGCGGGCUGUGUGGAGGAGCGCAUGGUGCAGAUGCAGAGACAGACCAGCACCGUCGCCCCCGACGAUGUGCUCACCGUCGUCACCAUGGUGACCAACCUUGACUUCCCGCCCAAGGAGUCCAGCUUAUGAUGCACUGCCUGACCUCUCCAGGCCGAGCUGCUAAACCAGGCCACCAAACUCACACACACCUCUGCUUCAUGUACAGAGGGUCCGGCCAGCUCCCCAAAACUCACACACACACUCCUGCAUCUGCCCUGCCCCACGCAAAACACACACACACUCCUGCUUCUGCCCUGCCCCACGCAAAACACACACACACACUCCUGCAUCUGCCCUGCCCCACGCAAAACACACACACACACACUCCUGCAUCUGCCCUGCCCCAUGCAAAACACACACACACACACACACACUCCUGCUUCUGCCCUGCCCCACGCAAAACACACACACACACACACUCCUGCAUCUGCCCUGCCCCACGCAAAACACACACACACUCCUGCUUCUGCCCUGCCCCACGCAAAGAACCCACACAUACUCCUGCGCUCAUGUACAGAGGGUCCACCCGGCACCCAAAAACUCUCUCACACACACACACCCGACUUGGACACACACACCCCUGCAUUGUGUACAGAGUGUGCGGCUUGGACACACACACACACACACACACAUCCCUGCAUUGUGUACAAAGUGUGCGAUUUGGACACGCACACACACACAUACACACACACAUCCCUGCAUUGUGUACAGAGUGUGCGGUUUGGACACACACACACACACGCACACACACACACAUCCCUGCAUUGUGUACAGAGUGUGCUGCUUGGACACACACACACACACACACACACACACACACCCCUGCAUUGUGUAGAGUGUGCAGCCGGGCGAGUUCAGGAGCAUCAGCUCUAGACUGGGUCACAGCACUGCUCUGGUUCCCUGCGUGCCCGAAGACAUGGGAGUGACCAUUCUACAAUCAUCCAAUCAGGAUCCUUCACCAUAGAAACAGAGUAUCGUCCGCUCGGCAACCGGUCAGUGUCAUAAAAAUCUAACUUUGGGCAGGUAUUUUGAUUUUCUUUUUUUUACUGAAAAAGAACUUCGUCAAACGGACUUCUGCAACUUUUUCUACGAAAAAGAAAAUGGAGGGGAAAAAAAAGACUGAGAACCCACACCAUACAUUUCAUUUCAGUAUAAAAAGGGCGACUUGUUUUUAAGCGCAUUUGCUGUUUUUGUGUUUAUAUAAGUGACUACUGUAAUGCCAAUAAGAAACGGCUUCUGAAUGUGGUGCAAUGCUGCUGAUUCUCCGUCAACGGAACACAAACACAUGGUAAUCAAGGGUAUUUGUGUGGAUUCACCUCCAAGCAUUACUUUAAAUAACCAUAAACCUCCCUCAACAAGGAAUACCUCAGUUCCACCUCUAACGCUAAAAAAAAAAAAAAAAAAAAAAAAAAAAAAAAAACAAUCCAAAAUAUUCCGAUGAACUUCACACAGCGGGAGAAAAAUCCGGAAUGAAAAAACGUUUUUAACCGAGUAUGCCAAUCGCUAAUGGCCAUCAUGUGUUCACCUGGACCCCACUUUAUUCCAUUUCUCCUUUAAUGACUUUUGUUUUAUUGUUUUGCCCUGCUGUUUUAAAGCAAUUAUUCUUGAAUCAUUUAAUUAUUGAUGUUAUUGUUUAUAAAACUGUAUUGCUUUUACAAAUGUAGUUACGAGAAACGAAACCCUGAAAAUUUGAACUUCAGAAACUUUUUAAAGCACUUCCCUGUGUA